UCGUAUGAAAUCUGAAAUAGUUGAAGUUUCCUUUACAAGACAGCUAAUGAAAAGCUUUUUUUUUUUUUUAAGUCUUCGAGAUAUUUCAAUGAAGAUUCACGUAUAUUACAUUUACACACAAGAAAGAAAAAUCAUAUACUAUUGACUUUCAUAGACUAAGUUGAAAUUUGUUCUAUUAUUGUUGUUGUUAUUAUUCUAUAUAUAAAAAAAAACUAAAUUAGAUGAGUUGUUAUAUAUACUAUCACACGUUCUACCAAAAAAAAAAAAAACUAUCACAUGCAGUAUGAAAUAACUAUGUUCUCUUUAUAUCUGAAAAAUUCAUUAUAGGUUUGCCUUAUUAAUCUAUUAAUAAUUUAUGUGCAAAAUAAAUUGUGUUUCAUUGACGAAUAAUACCGAGCUCAAUAAGCCCACAAAAUAAUGGGUUUAAGAGUAGUAUUAGGUUAUCAGUCAACUCGCUCUACACGGAUAAAAUACAAAUUAUUUGAUCAAUUGAAUACAUAAACGUCCAUUCUUGACAAAUCAAGAUAUUUAAUCCUCAUUUUAUCGUAAUUUUUAAUUUCAACUUUGACUAGUUUUGCUCUCUUACUUAUCUCUUUAGCUGGAUAUAAGAUGACCAAUAUAAUUAAAUAAGACGAUAAUCCAGAAAAUUUUAGCUUGAGAAUUAUGCAAAACCAAAAAUAAAAGAGUUUUAGAGUCAAAAUGGGCAAACAAAACUUCAAAGAACACCCUCAGAAAAUUAGGGAAAAUAACCCUAGAACAUAGGGUACCUGAAAUUGACACCAAGCUACAUUUAAAAAAAAAAAAAAAGAUUGUCAAUAAUUAGAUAGAGAAACAUAAAUAACAAAGGGUGAUACAUUUCAAAUUAAAUUUUUUUUUAUAGUCUCCAAAGCAAAAAUCAUUCUUGUAAAACUUGGGAAGUCACCACCUUGCAAUAGUCUCCCUCUGCUUUGCAACAAAACAAACUUCUCCCCUCCACUCUCUUCCUCCCAUCUCCUUCCCUCCCCUCCGCUCUCUCUUUCUGGUAAUACCAAAUCCGAAUUCCAAUUUAACGCAUAUAAAUUCAAAUCCCAAUUGAAACCCAGAACAGUUUUUUUAUAAUCAAGGAGAAGAAGAAGGUGGGAAAAAGGAAGGGGAAGGAAGAAAAGAGAAAGAGAACCAAAAGGGGGAGAAGAGCCUUAGCUGCUCACCCUCUCUUCUUAUUCUUAUGUUGUUGUUCAGAUCUUGAGAUUCUCUCGCAACUCUUACCUUAUCUGGGUUCUCUUUCUCUUUGAUCAAUCAACCAGUUCCUUUUUCAUUUCUGUUCUUCUGGGUUCUUCCUCGCCAUCCACAGAAAGAAAGGGUAACAUUUAAACGUGAGAUAAGAGAGAUAGAGCUUGCUCCUUGCGUGAAUUGCUAUCUGGGUUUGUGGAUCUUAUUAGUUAUUAGACAUUUCUUCGUCGAAGUUUUUGUCUUCCGUUCAUUUGGAUUGCUGCUGGGGAGCGAUCGGUUUCCUUUUGGACUCUCCCUACUUUCGAUCAAUCGGUUAAGAGUUCCUGAAGCCCUAUCGGAUUGAAUCCGAGAGUACCCACUUGAUAUAUAAAGACAUCCAUCAUAUAGGCAUCCGAGUGAGCUUUUUUGCUGCUUGAUUUCUGCGGCAAGGUAUUCAUCAUUUCUAGCCGCAUUUUGAUGUUUUUUCGUACAUGGAUUAUUGGGUUUCUCCCUUCUUUGUUUCUGGUUUGGUAGAAUUGUGUGUUUGGAGUAACAGAUCCGCUGUUUGAUUAUGAAUUGAGAUAAAGAUUGUUUUUUACAGAGGAUUUUGGAAAAAUGGAGCUUGGAAAGCUAUUCAUUGGUGGGAUUUCAUGGGACACUAAUGAAGACCGUCUUAGAGAGUAUUUCCAGGCAUUUGGAGAUGUUGUGGAAGCUGUGAUUAUGAAGGAUCGGUCCACCGGUCGAGCCCGUGGUUUCGGCUUUGUUGUCUUUGCUGACCCUGCUGUUGCUGAGCGAGUAGUGAUGCAGAAGCACCUGAUUGAUGGCAGAAAUGUUGAGGCGAAGAAAGCAUUGCCUAGGGACGAUCAGAACAAUCUGAACCGAAUCAGCAACAACAGCAGCAUUCAAAGGUCGCCUGGUCCAACUCGGACGAAAAAGAUAUUUGUAGGAGGCUUAGCAUCAUCAGUGACAGAGACAGACUUCAAGAAUUACUUUGAUCAGUUCGGAACAAUCACUGAUGUUGUUGUCAUGUACGACCACAAUACUCAAAGGCCUAGAGGCUUCGGGUUCAUUACCUUUGACACAGAGGAAGCUGUGGAUAAAGUACUAUACAAAACAUUCCAUGAACUCAAUGGGAAGAUGGUCGAGGUGAAACGAGCUGUUCCAAAGGAACUAUCUUCUCCUGGUUCGACCAGAUCGAACCAGUUUUCCGGAUAUACCUAUGGCAUUACGAGAGUCAAUAGCUUCCUAGACGGCUAUUCCUCUCAGGCAAAUAAUCCAACUUCUGUACUUCGAAUGGAUGGAAGGUUCAGUCCAGUCGGAACUCGUAGCAGCUUUUCUCCAUUCCGUACUGGGUAUGGUUCAGGUCUAAAUUUCGAGCAGGGUCUGAGUCAGAGUUACGGUGGCAACUCGAACCUUGGGUCAAACGUUGGAUUUGGCUGGUUGAGCCCCUUGUACAGUGGCAAUCCGAGCAGGUACGGGAGCCCCAUUGGAUAUGGAGGAGCAAACAAUUCAGGGCUGAAUUCUGUUUCUCGUACUGCGUGGAGCAAUGAUAGUGUUCCUCAAAGUGUUAACUCCAAUGGUGGAGGUUGGAACUCAGGACUCGGUUCCUUUUCCGGAGCUCUUUGGGAUUCCUCGGUUAAUACAGGGCAAGGUGGCGGUGUGGGACCAACCUAUAACAAUGGCAGUGGAGGCGAAUUUGGUGCUGGUCUAGGAGCAGGAGGAUAUGGGAGAAAUGGUGGGGCGAGCUUUGCACCAGUCGCGUCUCGUACUGCUGCAAAUGGAGGUUAUGAUAGGGCAGGUUAUGCAGACAUUUAUGAGAAUGGUUCGCUCUAUGGAGAUUCUUCCUGGAGAUCCUCAACCUCCGAGAUGUUUGAUUUCGGCAUUGGAAAUACAGCUUCAGGUGUUGUUACUAAGAACCCUGCAGCUUUUAGUGUUGGUUAUGGCAUUGCUGAUAGGCAGUCUGAUAGAGGAAUUGCUGCUUAGGAUGAAAAACAAGGGAUUACUACUAUAGGUGGAAGAGUACAUCAUCAAAAUUUGAAGUAAAUUUGGUACAUUACAUGUUUCUUGGCCCUGAAGUUUACUCUCCAACCUUUUUUUACCCCCUUUGAUGUUUAUGUGAGGAGGAAGUUAAGAUUAGUGCUAAUCAAUUUAUCGGUUUAUCGACGAAAUUGUGGUUAGAGAGGGCAGAAGAAGAAUUCAGUCAGGAGGAGUUGUGUAAGGUUUGAGCUUUGAGGGAGGAGUUUUUCUGUUUGUUUGUAAUUUCAUGUUUGUUUUUUUUUUACUACAUAUAGGGGUUUUCAGUUUUGUUUUGUCUUCAAACUUGGGAAUGUUUGGAACUUCUUAAGAUGUAAAAUCAGGAGUUUGUGGGUAUACAUCAGAGAUACUGUAUUAAUGUUGAUAACUUCAUCUAUAAGUCCUACACUACGCAGUAAAACCGGAAAAUUUGGCUUGUUAGGUUUGAAAAAUGAUGAAUUUUGUUCUGUUUGCUUUCCUCGACGGCAUGUUGGAAUCGGCUGCAAAGAUAUGUAGACAUAUCUUUGGACUAAUUGUACUUUCGAUGCAUUUGCUUCAUUUGAUUCAAAUAUGUUUAACUCAGGAUCAUUUAGCAACACAUAAUGCCUUCUUGUACCAAAUCAACAUUGCCUAUUUGAUUUUUUUUUAGUUGGCAUUUGAUUACCUACUCAAGAUAUCGUGCUUAUUUAUUCUAUCGUAUUAUAUGCAAAAUGACUGGAAAGAAGUCCAAGAAAAUCCGCCUACGCCAAUUGAACAUAUAAAUAUUGCGUGAGAUUUUUUGAGAUCGUUCAACAAAGAUACUUUUUUGACGACCUAUUCAAAAAAAUUCAUCCUAACUAUUUAAGUUUCAUUCGAGAAACAUAUUCAAAUUCAACGUUGGGUGAUCACUAUUUAGUUGCGGUCGAGGUGUGUAUGAUCUUCUAUGCUUUAUCAAAACAAUUGCAACGGUUUGUACUUUUUUUCUUCUUCUUCCUAUUUCAACCUCAAACCUUCCAUGCUAUGGCCCUUACUCUCAAAGCUAACAUUCAAAAAGGUUUUCCCUAGAUCUAUGUUAUUUGUAUGCUCCAAAUUAAGGUAGUCAAGCUUG